AUGCCCAAGCGCAGAUGCACCCACCCCAGCGAGCAGCGUGCUGGCAUCUGGUUUGCUCACAUUGGAGUAUGCCAGAGUCAGCUUGAGUCAACUACAAGGUCUGCACAAAAACAGGUCCAGAACUCAGGAGCAGCUCAGUAUAUUGAGGAUAGAUUGCCGCCGGGGUACAGAGCUCGGGAGCAGAGAGCAGUGAAUGACAAUUUCCCAUUUUCCUCUCAUGACAACAGACACUGUCUACAGAAUGUAGGAGAGUAUUUUGACUUUGGUAUGGGCCGGAGGAAGGUGGAACCAGAGAGACGGCAACACAACUCACAUGACUUCUGCCUCUGGGCUCAUGAAUCGGUUCCUAGCAGCAAGGAUGGAUUAACCAUUUAUCAGACAUCAUUUGUGAAAUACCAAAAUACUGAGAGCACAUUUUUUAGGCGGUAUCCAAAACACCACUUAGAAAAACGUUGCCCUGACAAACCUGUUCCUGAGAAUGAAAAAAACCUGCAGCCAAACAAGUCAUCUUAA